AUGGAAGCCGGAACUCUACAAUCUCUUGGCGUGCGACACGCGGGAACGUUUCUUCUCUUCAGUUAUCUGAUGUGGGGGACUCAUGAAACUGCCGAGGCGACGGUACGAAGAAUACGGAUAGGAGCCAUUUUUGACGCCCAGGGUUCAGACGAGGAGGUGGCGUUCCAGGCGGGGGUCCAUGACGUCAACAGGAAGCGGCAGCUGUUCGAUCACACCCAGGCCGCCAUAGAGACCAAGGUCACGUACCUGGGUAACCUGGGGCCGUACGCUGCCGCCUUUCAAGUGUGUCAGCUACUACAGACUGACGUAGUUGCCAUAUUGAGUCACGUGACCUGCCAGGAGACGGCCACGCUGACGUCACUGACAAGUGAGCUGCGGAUCCCCCACCUGACGACCAACAAGUGCCCGGAUGUUGACCUCGGGGAUUUCGUCCUCAGCGCGACCCCUGACCCCGCGAACGUUGACCUCGCCCUAGCGGCAUAUAUGGAGGACAAUAAAUGGGAGCAGAUUGUGAUAUUCUACGACAAGGACACCAACUUCAACAGGAUCCAGACAAUCCUGGGCACGAGCCCUGAGAACAAGAUGGCGAUGACAAUCUUCAGAGUCCCUCCCGUUCCCAGGACAGACUACGACGGCAACAUCUUCCGGCUCCUGUCCAGGAUAGAAGCAGACGGAGUCAAACUCAGCAACGUGCUGAUUCUGUGCGAUGGGCCAAACACCUUACAGCUUCUGGCUCAGGCUUUUGUGUCCGGACCGGUGAGGGAAGGGUCUUUCUGGCUCAUCGGCAAUCCGGAAGUCUCUGAUGAUGACAUAAAGAACACAAUCGGCACGGCGCGUGGCGUCAUCACCACCAUCAGUCACGUGCUUGACCUGUCGGACGCCGCGCGAGAUCUCAUCUCAACUCUCCCGGCCAAGAUCACGCGAGACUUCAUUCAAAAUGGCGGAAAGACUGUCAUUCCGUAUUCAAAGGUAUUUUUUAAAACCUCUAGAACGUGGAAGGGGUCCCUGGGCAGAGUCGCCUUCGGUCCGUUCGGCCACAACAGCCGAGCGGGGUACAAGUUCCUGUCGCUGAAAACAGUCAACAAGACAGCCAAGUUCGUACCGACCGGAACGUGGAGCGAGCGGGCGGGGUUAAACAUGACGCAGCGGAUGGACUGGCCGGACAUACAGGGGGUCACUCUUAGAGUCGUUACUGUAGAGGACAUACCGUUUGUGUUCGAGCAAGUCCGUUCCAGCGGGGUGGAGUACGACGGCUUCUCCAUUGACGUUAUCAAGGAGCUAUCCAAGACCUUGAACUUCAGCUUCGUGGUGUACGGCGUGGCGGACCAGAAGUACGGCGCCCCGAGGGCUGACGGGACAUGGAACGGGAUGAUCGGGGACGUGGUAAACAAGGUCAGUAUGACGUCAGUAUGACGUGUGAACUUUAGACGCCAUAUUACUCUGAAUAACGAGACAGAAAACGACACUUUGCAGCAGUACCAUGGGAACCACCUUAUACCCAAAAUCUAAAUCUAAUAUGACUUUUGAUAUCAAUAUGGUGUACGGUCUCGAUAGGCCUGAUGGGACAUGGAACGGGAUGAUGGGGACGUGUCAAACAAGGUCUGUAUAUGACGUCAUUAUGUUACCUGUUUUAAGAGACAGAAAAGAAGAAGCUAGGGCUA